AUGUUCUCUAUAGGACUAGGGUUCCUUGUAGGACUAUCGUUCCCUGUAGGACUAGUGUUCUCUGUAAAACUGGUGUUCUCUGUAGGACUAGUGUUCUCUGUAGGACUAGUGUUCUCUGUAGGACUAGUGUUCCCUGUAGGACUAGUGUUCUCUGUAGGACUAGUGUUCCCUGUAGGACUAGUGUUCUCUGUAAAACUGGUGUUCUCUGUAGAACUAGUGUUCUCUGUAGAACUAGUGUUCUCUGUAGAACUAGUGUUCUCUGUAGAACUAGUGUUCCCUGUAGGACUAGUGUUCUCUGUAAAACUGGUGUUCUCUGUAAAACUGGUGUUCUCUGUAGGACUAGUUUUCUCUGUAGGACUAGUGUUCCCUGUAGGACUAGUGUUCUCUGUAAAACUGGUGUUCUCUGUAGAACUAGUGUUCUCUGUAGGACUAGUGUUCCCUGUAGGACUAGUGUUCUCUGUAGGACUAGUGUUCCCUGUAGGACUAGUGUUCUCUGUAGGACUAGUGUUCCCUGUAGAACUAGUGUUCUCUGUAGGACUAGUGUUCCCUGUAGGACUAGUGUUCUCUGUAGGACUAGUGUUCUCUGUAAAACUGGUGUUCUCUGUAGAACUAGUGUUCUCUGUAGAACUAGUGUUCUCUGUAGGACUAGUGUUCCCUGUAGGACGCGUUUCCUGUAGGACUAGAGUUCCUUGUAGGACUAGUGUUCACUGUAGGACUAGUUUUUCCUGUAGGACUAGUGUCGCUAUGUACGUCUUGUAUUCUUUGGAAAGAUUGUGUUCCAUGCUGUAA